AUGGGAUCAUCAAUAUCACACGAUUCACACCAAUCUGCUGUGGAAACAAUCUCCCAUUGGGAUUCAAACCAAACUGAAGAGAAGCUAAUCUAUGAUCACGGUUCCAGCGAAAUAAGACGAUACCUGGAAGCAGUCGACAAAAUCCACGUAUUUCCGGCGAAUAGAAGAGAAUCCGAUGACCUGAAAUCCAAGGCCAUGGCUCGGCUAGAGCGCGAGUUUCAGACAGUACUGGUAAGACAAAUUGAUACUUCAAUUGGCCUUAAUUCCACAUCAGAGUGGAGUUCAAUAACCGAUAGUACUGCAAACGUUAUACGGUAUGAGGAUUUUACGGUAUACGAUUUGCCGAAUAAGGAGGUGAUUGAAUAUCUCAGAAAUGUCGCCAAGAGGAUGAAUUCUGGUGGCAAACUCGGAGAUUGCGUCAGGGUUUACAAGAGUGGGAGGAAAAACUUACUUCAUACUGGGCUGAAACGGCUUCGUGUAAUGGAAUUGAGUAUAGGUCGGGACGUAAAGAGGUUUCCGUGGGAUUAUUUGAAGGAGAAAAUUGAACUGUGGAUUCAAGUGGCUAAGGUGUGUUUUUAUAAACUAUUUGAUACGGAGAAACAAAUUUGUGGGCAAAUAUUCGAAGGUUUCGGAGUUGACUCUAGCGAAGAAUGUUUUGUGGAAAUAGUUAAAGAUUCUGCAAAUAAUCUACUUAUUUUUGCAGAAACAGUGAGUCUCAGUAAUCAACCCUCAGAGAGGAUUGGAACAAUUUUAGGCCUAUAUGAUACUUUGGUGCCUCUUUUACCAAAAAUCGAUGCCCUUUUCUACUCCAAAUCAGCAGAGGCUAUUCGAACUAAAGCGAAGGGAAUAGUUUCUCAGCUCGAGGAUGAUGUUAGAAGGAUGUUAUCUGAUUUUGAGAAAGCUGUUUUUCACGAGCUUUCUCCCAUACAGGAGGAUAGAGGAGCAAUUCAUCCAUUGACAGAAAAGGUGAUUGAUUAUAUCCAUCUCACUUUAAGCCACAAAAAGCUUCUCACAAACGUGAUCAAUUCAAUGCCACCAUUGAAAUUUGGUGAUCAAAUGAUUUCGGAAGGGGAAUUGGGGGAUCUUAAUGGCAGAAGUCAUUUUGAACUUCAUUUGAUUUUGAUCAUUGUGGUUUUACAACUAAAUUUGAAGGGCAAAUCGGAGCAAUAUGAGCAUGUUCCUUUGAGGCAUUUGUUCUUGAUGAACAAUGUGAUUUACAUUGUACAAAAGAUCCAAGGAUCUCAAGAGUUGCGCGAGAUGAUUGGCGAUGAUUAUAUGGCGAAACUGAAUGGGAACGUUAGGCAUGCCAUGACUAGCUAUCAGGACUCGACUUGUAACAAGUUCUUGUCUUGUUUUCGAGAGGACGGACUUUAUGUUAGUUGGUGCUUUUGUUCUCAGUUGUCAAAACGUGCACUCAGGAAACAAUUGAAGGACUUUCAUUUCCUGUUUGAAGAGAUCCAGAAAUUUCACUCAAACUGGAUAGUCCUUGAUUUGGAGCUCCGGGACAAGCUUCGUGUGUCCAUGGUUGACAAGUUGAUUCCAGCAUACAAGGAAUUCCUACAGAAGUUCAGGACAUAUAUUGAGAUUGAGCAGAACAGCGAAAUACAAACGAAACACUAUCAGAAAAUAAAUGUAAAGCAUUCAGUUGAGGAUCUUGAGGCUUUGAUCUCAAAGCAUUUGUUUUCAUAUAAUGACAUUAGUGCUUAA